AUGGGGCUCUUAACUGCUGCUUUAGUUGUCGGAGGAGGAGCUGGGGCUGUGGCCGCAGCUCCCUUGAUUCUAGGGGUUGUAGGGUUCACCUCAGCAGGAAUAGCUGCAGGCUCCCUUGCUGCUAGUAUGAUGUCGACUGCUGCAGUCGCUAACGGAGGAGCAGUGGCAGCAGGAAGCGCAGUGGCUGUUUUGCAGGCAGCAGGUGCAGCUGGUCUGUCAACCGCUGCUACUGCAGCCGUGGCUAGUACCGGAGCAUCAGCAGCAGCAACAGUGGCUUGGCUGGCUGCACUCAUCUGAAAAAUCAACAAAAUGAAUAUUUUUGCUUUUGCCAAAUGAAGGAGGCAACUGAAAAAUAUAUCUGUUCACUUAUAGCACAUAUACAUGUUUUGUGCAAUAAAUCUGUGAAAGAUA